AUGGCCGCCGCUGAAUCAACGCCGCUAACGGCCCCGCAGCUCAAAGCCCUGUUCGACAUCCUCACCCACAACGAGACAUAUGCUGAGGUCGUGAGCUUCAAGACCCCCGAAGCAAUUGAUCAGUAUGGGUAUCCCUUCAGCGACUCAAAGAAAGAUGGCGUCGAUGUCCACAAGUCUUCCUCGCCAUUGUUGCAGUUGCUCUUGACCCGCCUGGUCUUGCCGAUACCGGGAGUCAAGGAGCUUGACCCGGACUUCUGGAGCGUCAAGUUCAAGGCCAUCAUGAAAAACUUUGCCGACGCCGAGCUUUCGGAAAGCUACGACAAGGGUGCUCUGGGUACCAGGAAGACUCUUGCUACUGCCGCGUCCGCAUUUCACGAGUCCAUCACGCGGGGAAUGCUAGGCGGUGUGGCGAGAAAAUUAGAUUCCACCGGCAUCUCCAAGUCCGACUUCAGUACAGCCAGCAGUCUCGAAGAUGCAUGGGAUCACGUGGUCCACGAGGUGGUUUACGGGGAACUAUUGGACGAGUGGUUCGAUUUCGCCAUCGAGUCCGAUGAUUUUGAAAGCCAUUCUCCAGCAGGUAAAGGCGCCAUAGACUAUGCCACUAUUCAUGCAGCGACCAUAUUACACAAAGUCUUCGUGAUAUCACCAGAGGGCCAGUAUCUACUAAAGCUGAUCGAGAGUACGCAUAAAUUAAUUCCUUACUCCCUGGUAUGCCAAACUCUCAGGGUAGGUAAUGCCGCGACGAUGAUCUCUGGCAUGGUGAGGAUCUUUUUAGCUAAGGUUAGUAUUGGCGGCAUCACCAACUGGAUAGGUCUGACACAGAAUGCUGCUGAUGGACAAAAUCUGAUGCAAAGAAUCAUUGGCAUGGUGCUUGGUUGGGAUGCUGGAGACUUCAAGAAAACAGCUGACGGUAUCCGGAGUAGGAAGGAUAUCGGCAAAUCAAAUUUUCUGGCAACCUUGGAUGCAUUCCUUGACGGAACCAAGGAUCAGCAUGAUUCCAUCAGGCAAAAGAGCAUCAAGGCGCAAGAAUCAAUUGUCACCACUAUCAUCAAGUCAACGAGCGACAAGCCUUCGGUCGAGCUGACGGAUCGGCAACAUAGCUUACUGCUCGAAUACUAUUCGGCGCAACUUUCCACCAGGGAUAGGGACAAGAUCAUUGAGGUCAUGUGUCGUUCAAGCCCCGACCAUGUCACCUCCAUCGUCCGAGAGCUCGUAACCGCUUUUGACCCAAUUAUAAGAGCGGUCCACGACAAGGUUGACCUGCGGAAGUAUGUUGUAAACGUCCAAAAGUUUAUCGACGAUCUACUCGAGGUCAAUAAACCGAAAAGGGACAACGCAAAAAAACUUAUUCCCCCAUCGAUUGAGGACUACGUCUUCUUGAUUCGGCGCCAUAAGAGUUGGGCGUUUGAAUGGCUUCAUGAUCUGGCGAAAGGUUGCCCUGAUGUCAGGGAAAGCUUCCGAGCAUGGCUAAAUACCCAUGUAACGCAAGCAUUCCGCCAACGAGGAACGGGCACAUCGCAGAACGACUCGAGCACAGCUGACGAUAUUGAUUUGGUGGCUGGUGCAGGCUCGAUCAGCAAGCCUCUUCGAUCGGUAUUUUCGAAAUUGGAUAUUGAUAGCCAACAGAAGGUUAUCGCUGCAUUAGACAGAUAUGAUGCAUAUACAACCAAAUUGGAUGACCAGUCCAGCAGAAGGCUCCAGAGCAUUGUCAAUGGAUUGAAUGAAGGAGAGAAACAGGGUGAAGAGCCUAAAGUCCGUAGCAUGAAGGGCCCGGGCGUAUAUCAUGCGCGCUGGCAAUGGCUUCUAGACGAGACUCUGAUCACACCUGCGGAGCCGUCGGGCCCUGUAAGGCACGGGAAGGAUGUUAAAGACGUCAAGGCACGAGGCAAGACGGGCGCGCUUGCGAGCAAAGACUCGUGGGAUCUGAGUUCGAUACCUCAGUUGACGUCGGAGCCUGCGCCAGAGCCUCCGGAUGUCCACGUUGUGUUUGAAGUCCUCGGACAGCAAUUCAAGGAUAUAGUAGCUGACAUCAGUAGUCAGAGAACCAGAUAA